UGGAGAGUGUUCGCAAAGCGCAUGCAUGUCCAGUGUAAGGAAGAUCCUGGAGAAGCUGGACCUCAUCGACAAGUACAGAAAACCAGCAGAAUCUGCCACUCCCGUGUCCAAAACAACAGAUCCUGGCAAACAAGAUCAGGCAACAGGGAAAGCAGUAGCAGAGGACCCGUUUCAGUCCACUGCGUACUGCCAGUUUAUUCAGCCAUGGCUCUGCACUCUGCCUGCAAGGGACUUCCGUACGGCUGCACAGAAAAUUGGGCUGCUAAACAUAGGCCAGGUCGACCUUCUUGAAAGCAUUGAAACCAAAGAUGAUGACCACCCGCACAAUUCCAAGCUGCUGAAGAUGAUCAGGUCUGAGCUGAUGGGCGGUUUCGUCAAGCUGUUCAACGCUGUUAAGAACAUUUCCAAAGCGGACGACAUGCUACAGAAGAUGGAGGAUUUGAUUCCUCGCGAGCUCCGAUAGAUUUAGCCCCCAGUACUUAGUCUGAUGACGAGUCUGCAUCUGUAUCUUUAUGAUUCGUACCGGUAUACACUAUUUUAGUAUUUUUUGUGUGCAUGGACUUAGCAGUUUUCUCUCUCUCCGUCUCUCUCUCUCUCUCUCUCUAUCUCUCUAUCUAUCUAUCUAUCUA